AUGGUCGCGAUUUCUGAUGUGACGUCAAAACCCAUCGUGGUAAUCUCCUGCCCUCCAGUUCCGGGACACGUAAAUCCCCUUCUUGUACAGGCCGCGCACCUUAAUAAACAGGGACACGAGGUUCACUUCAUCGCGGGUCCCGAAUCCGAAGAUAGUAUCUGCAAGACCGGUGCAAUAUUCUAUCCCGUACAAACCGCAUGGACUGAUGAAAAGUUUAAACAAAUGCUCUCCAUCCCUGAAGGUCCAGAACAAUUCGUGUUUGGUCUCAAGAAAAACUUUAUCGAUCUAACGCCAAACGCGUCGAAGGCGUUAAAAGGCGUUCUUGAGAAUCUACGAGAGAGAUAUGGCACCACGCGGGAUAUUGUCAUUCUUCAGGAGACCUUUGGAAUGGGUACAUUGCCCUUCUCUUUGGGAGCCCCGCUACCAAAAGGAUACACAGAGUUUCCCAAGGUUCUUAGCUUGAGGACAGUACCUUUGGCGGUUUCCAGUAUCGACACAGCGCCGUUCGGGCCAGGUUUCCCCCCUGAUUCCAGCGAAGAAGGCCGUGCUCGGAACGCGGCUAUGUACGAGGCCGGUAAGCUACUAUGGGCCGAUGUCGCUGAGUACGCGAACAAUAUAUGUGAGGAACUAGGCGCCACUGCGAAAAUCGAAGGCCCAAUAUUGGAUUUCUUCUUCACCCUCGAGAACGCGGUCUUGCAGCCCUGCAGUCCGAGCCUAGACUACCCGCGAAGUGAUUUGCCGAAGAAUACUCGAUUCAUUGGGGCGCCUCCGAAGAAAGAGAUUGAUCCAGAGACGACGCAAUUUCCUGAAUGGUGGGAUGAACUAAUUGCGGCAAAGAAAGAGGGAAAGAAAGUUGUCUUCGUCACACAGGGAACUUUCUUACUUGAUUACAACAUGCUCUUGAAGCCCACCAUUGAAGCCUUGGCUGAUCGGGAGGAUGUCUUUGUCGUUGGAGUACUAGGUCAACAAGGCGCCACGCUAGAUAGGGUUGACCUACCUAGAAAUACGAAAAUUGCCGACUAUCUGCCAUACGACGCGAUUUUGCCGUACGCUGAUGUUUUUGUCUCUAAUGCUGGAUAUGGUGGUUUCCUGCAUAGUGUGAUGCAUGGCGUUCCAAUGGUCCUCGCUGGUCGUGGCCAGGACAAAGCCGAAGUAUCCAUGCGAGGCGAAUGGGCCGGAAUUGCUCUGAACCUUAAAACAGACACACCUAGUGUUGUGGCCCUUCGAGAUGGUAUAAAUAAGGUGCUCGGAAACAGCAGCUACAAAGCGCGGUGUGUCCAGAUUCAGCGUGAGAAUGAAGAGCUUGGCAACUUGGCCCAGGUGGAGAAGGCCAUUCUAGAAUUUGCACGAGCUUGA